CCUCUGUGUCUCAUGCUGAGUGCAUCACGACAGUGUGCGUUUAGCAGCAGCAUCCUACGCACCUGCACCACUCACUAUAAGACUCGAGUACAUUUUAAUACACACAGUUAGGAAAAAAAAAAAACAGAAAGAACGAUAACUAAGAAAAGACAACCAGGUAGUUAGACUAAGGACUCUUCUUCUUUUUUAUCGUCCUCGCAGUUUUGGACCUCUCCAAACAGUACAUCGGACUUCUCCCUUCGACUCUUCGGUGCUUCAGCCUACUCAAGUUUGGCUCUCACGUCUGGGAUCUCCUGACGACACAGGCAUACUCUUGGAAGGGCAAAAUGGGGAAACAGAACAGCAAGCUGACCCCCGAGGUGAUGGAAGAUCUGGUGAAGAACACAGAAUUCAAUGAACAUGAGCUGAAGCAGUGGUACAAGGGCUUCCUGAAGGACUGUCCAACUGGACGCCUUAACCUUGAUGAGUUCCAGCAGCUCUAUGUGAAGUUCUUCCCUUAUGGUGACGCAUCAAAGUUCGCCCAGCAUGCGUUCAGGACUUUUGACAAGAAUGGCGAUGGCACCAUCGACUUCAGAGAGUUUAUCUGUGCAUUGUCCAUCACAUCGCGGGGUAGUUUUGAGCAGAAGCUCAACUGGGCCUUUAACAUGUAUGACUUGGAUGGAGAUGGCAAGAUAACCCGGGUGGAGAUGCUGGAAAUCAUUGAGGCAAUCUACAAGAUGGUCGGCACUGUGAUCAUGAUGAAAAUGAACGAGGACGGGCUGACGCCCGAGCAGCGGGUGGACAAGAUCUUUUCCAAGAUGGAUAAGAACAACGACGAUCAGAUCUCACUGGAUGAGUUCAAAGAGGCGGCCAAGAGCGACCCUUCCAUUGUAUUACUCCUGCAGUGUGACCUCCAGAAAUAAGGUGAAGGGCAAGCGGAGCAACCCCGACAAGACGCCGCUGCCGCCACGGACUGCACAGAAAGCAUUUCAUGUUCCAUUCAGUUUGCAGCUAUUUCCACUGAACAACAGAAAAAAAAAUUGCUUGGACUACCUUUCAAUGGAUCUCGCUUCUUGUGUUUGAAACACUCGUGUGCAUGAGAAUGUGAUUUGCUUUAACAAAAAAUAAACACAAUGACACGCACGCAUACAUGACAGCACACACACAACAAUACGCCACUGUAUAUUAAGACCACGCACAAAUAAUAUACAAAGAUAUAUAAGUAUAUAUUGAAAUUAUUUAAAGAUCAAAUGCCAAAAUGUGAAGUGUGCAAUGUUUUUUUCCCCUCCAGUUUCAUUCUAUCGGAGCAUCAACGAUGUGCUACACUGGAUUUGCCGCUAUACUGUAUUUGUUGUUCCACUGAUGCUAGCUGUACGUGUUUACUAAAGUCAACCCAAAACCAAAUUCCUAUGGUAAUGCAUCUGCCGCUAUCCGUCAAAUAUUAGCUCUAGAUAAUAAAACAGAGAGGUGGUUUGUCAGGAGUUUCUUCUCAGACAUGCUUGUACUGUCAAAUAUAGAACUAUGAAUUUUUUCAAAAAUGUAAACGUAGUUAAUUUGCAUGCCUUUAGGUUCUGCCUUAAACUCUUGUCAUUUUGCAUCCUGCGAUUGAAGACUAGAAAGCCUUAUCAAAGUUAACAUGUGAGGACGAUAUUUUUACAGAAAAGGGCGGGAACCACAAUAUUGUGGGCCCCUGUUUGUGAUUUUAAUUUUUUUCCCCGACUGCUUUAACUGUGGGAGCAUGUGUCCUUGUAGUUUAGCUGUUGUAGAUGUUGCUAAGAACACAACACUUGACCUUACGUGUUGAAACACACCAUUACAAAAUUGCAUGCUGUUGAUUUGAAAUGAGAUCUAAAGGAACAAAUUAAUACCAAUCGGAAGGAUGUGAAAUUAGAGUAAAAGUUGUCAAGUUCUUGACUAAGGGCGCACUCACACAGGAAUACGUAUAUUGUACCUUGCUUCGGCAAAAUUAGCUACGUGUCAUCCUUCCUCAUGUCAUCACACGGUCAUACGACGCCGAGUUACGACAACUUCUUAUCUUCACUCCUUUGAUUCCUGUUGGGCAAGUGGUGGUUGUCAACUGAUUAAAGGAACAAACGAAAGGGUGUCCUAGAGGUUAGCGUGUCUUCCCUCUGAGGUUGAGAGUUUGAAUCACAGCUGCAGUGUAUCACAAAAGUGAGUACACCCCUCGCAUUUCUGCAGAUAUUUAAGUAUAUCUUUUCAUGGGACAACACUGACAAAAUGACACUAUGACACAAUGAAAAGUAGUCUUCGUGCAGCUUAUAUAAUAGAGUUCAUUUAUUUUCCCCUCAAAAUAUAGCCAUUAACAAGGGCGUAGGUUUGCAUAGGGACGGUGGGGAUAUAACACUACCAACUUUUUAGGAUGCUGAAAUUAUCCCCACCAACUUUUAAGCACUUUAUUUCCAUUAUGACUUCAGUUACAGUAUAUAGGUCAUUUAGAUUGUCUUCCUAUAUGUUGAGAGGAUAGAAUUGAUCCUACCAUUAUUAAGCGAAUUACAGUACUUUCAUUAUGUUCAGACUUAUUUUGACCCCUUUUCACUCGCUGAAUGUGCCAGUCCAUUUUUUUCCCCUCACACGCAUGUUUGAUUGGCUCAUGACUUGAACCCCCCCACACACACACACACGCGCAUUCACAGCCCGACAGAAAUACAACAUGCCGCCUCCCCCGCCCACUUCGAAGACGAGGGAUAUUAGAAUGUAGAAUGUAGAAAAAAGAAGUAAUGUAAAAAGACUUCAAUAUUGUGGAGGUGGGGAACACACCACUAAUUUUGCAUCUGAUACAGUGCUUAAAGUCAAUUUUACUCACUUAUAUUUCUUGACAUAAGAAAAACAGCUAGCUGAAAAUAAGACGAACAGACUUAAUUUAAGCAAAACGUUUGUAUAUUUAAUCUUAAAAGAAAAACGUGUUAGUCAGAAAUGUUCUUAAUGCAAGAAUAUUGUUCAAAACAUUAUCUGAAAGCAUUUUUUUUCUUGAUUUAGUUGAAAAAUGACCAACGUUUGGAUGUAUGGGCUUGAUAAAAACAAAUACUGUAGUAAUAUUUACUUUAAUGUGUCAGAUUCUUCCACUUACUUUAUCUGUUAACUAGCCUUUAACACUCAAAACAAGAUGGGAGAAAAUUAUUUGACUAGAUUUAACAAAAAAUAUCAGAUUAAGACAUAUAAAUUUGCAGUGUGAAAGUUAGCAGAGGUCAAUACAGAUUUAUUUGCAUUCAUCAAUUAGCCUAUUAAUUAAUUCAGUUCAUAUUGGUGAGAAGUGUAGCCCUGACCCCCGUUCACCAAAUAUAUUUGGUCUUAUUAAUGUCCUGUCCCCAGCAAAAAGUGUACAUGUAAGUUAUGCUGUUAUAUCCUCCUUACCAAUAUUGAGACCAAACCUACGCCUUUGGCCAUUAAUAUAUAAACCCCUGGCAACAAAAGUGAGUACACCCCUUAAAAACUACGUACAUCCCUAAAUGUCCAAAUUGAGUACUGCUUGUCAUUUUUCCUCCAAAGUGUCAUCAUGUGACACGUUACUCGAUACUGUCAGUAUUGCUGAGAUUGAAGAGGUGGGGGUCAGAAUGUUAGUGCUCAGACCAUACGCCCUCUUUAACUGUUUGCUGAAGACAUGUCAACAAAGCACAUGGAUUACUGGAACCAUGUACUAUGGUCUGAUGAGAUGGGCGGGCUUUCUUGUGUACCGUCUUCAGAAGAGGCUUCCUCCUGGGGUGACAGCCAUGCACACCAAUUUGAUGAUGAGUACUGCGUAUGGUCUGAGCACUAACAGGCUGACUCCCCACCUCUUCAAUCUCUGCAGCAAUGUCGAAAGCACUCCUGUAUUGAGUCACAUGACAUUUGGGAGGGAAAAUGACAAGCAGUACUCAAUUUGGACAUUUAGGGAUGUAUGUAGUUUCUAUGGGGUGUACUCACUUUUGUUGCCAGCGGUUUAGAUAUUAAUGGCUAUAUUUUGAGUUAUUUUGAGGGGAAAAUAAAUUAACUCUAUAAGCUGCACACAGACUACUUUUCAUUAUGUCAAAGUGUCAUUUUGUCAGGAUUGUCCCAUGAAAAGAUAUAUCUGCAGAAAUGCGAGGGGUGUACUCACUUUUGUGAUAUACUGUUGCUAAGCAAGCAAGCUACUAUUUAAGUGAAUUCUUGUUCAAAUUUGUCAAUUUUAAAUUUACUACAAUUAAUUUUGCUUUUCGCGUUUGAUUUUCAUGUUGACAUUUGAACUGUUCCCGUUUUUCAUUUUCAUGUCUAAUUCUCAAUUUAUUGUCAUGGGUUUGCAUCACAUAUUAUCUUCAUGGCGUAAAAUUUACUGGUCGAUCUACAUUCCUACCCUUACCUAUGGUCACGAGCUGUGGGUCGUGACCAAAAGAACAAGAUCCAGAUAUAAACGGCCGAACUGAGUUUCCUCCGUAUGGUGUCCGGGCUCUCCCUUAGAAAAAAGGUGAGAAGCUUGGUCAUCUGGGAGGGCCUCGGAGUAGAGCAGCUGUUCCUUAGCAUGGAGAGGAGCCAGAUGAGGUGACUUGGGCAUCUGAUUAAGAUGCCUCCUGGACGCUGCCUGGACGGUGAGGUGUUCCAGGCAUGUCCCACUGGGAGAAGGCCACGGAGCCGACCCAGGACAUGCCGUCUUAACUUUUGCCGAACCCCUUACACUUAGUCACCGAACCCCUGGGGUUCUAUCGCAGUCAAGUUAAGAACCACUGAUAUAACGUUAAGCUUCCGUUUACAGUGCAGUCAAUUUUAUCGCUUGUUUAUUUUUCAUUCUGCACAGUUUGAAAUAAAAUUUAGCAGUCAAUGAAUUUUCUGGUUCCUUCUUUGAAUAUUGACUCAGAUCUCAAUCAAUAAAAUCUACUGCACUGUAAAUAGAAGCUUAACAAUCUGAAGAACUCCAAAACUGAGUGGACUGCAAGCAACUCUUAGGUGUAUACCGCCACCUACUGUACAAGAGUGUGGUGGUUUAGUAGUUAAUAUCUUGUUCACCAGCCAAUCUUGCUUGUUCUCAUGUUGCUGCCUCUAGUGCUCAGUAUCGUUGCACAGGGUUUUUUUCGAUUGUGCCGAAGGAAUGAAAACGUAGAGUACAGAUACUUGCUGUAAAAUGUAGUGAAGUAAAAAGUACCACAUCGUAUUGGUACACCAAUACAUUUGUACUUCAAUACUUCGUUACAUUCCACCACUGCAGCUAAAAAAUGUGCAUGUUCUCCCCAUGCUUACACAUUCAAAAAACAUCCACGUUAUGAUCAGUGAAGGCUGAUUUACUGGUAACCUUUCUUGGGUGUGCCCUGCCUUUUACCCUCUUUCAAUUUUCACUCUUGAUCAAAAAGUUGGAAAAGUGUGUUAUUCCACAGCUGACUGAGAUGAGUUUUUCCAGUCGAUCCUAGACUGAAUUAAGCCGUGUACUCCAUUAAAUCCCAAUUGUUUUAAAAUUUCCAAACCAUUUACUAAACUAUCAACUGAUUAUGAUCCAUCAGUUGCUUUCACUAAUAGUCUCACUUUCAUCAAGAUUUUGCAGGUUGCAUAUCAAUAUAAUCAAUGGCCAGCAGAGAGUAAGGCCUGCAUUUCAACUCAUUGUUUUUCUUACUCAAAGAAUUAACACAAGUUUUAUCGUAGGCCAAACAGUUUGAAGAAAGCAACCCUUCAAGUAGAUCCAAGUUAAACGAUACACCCACCGUCAAACUUUUUGUACUUUUUUACUCCCCUGAAAUCUCAUUGUAUGGAUGUAAAGUAGCCACGAAGGUCACUGAAAGUUCAGUCUCCUGGGAGUCCAUCGCCAUAUUUCGAUAAUUUGGCCCACCUUGUCCACUUAACUAUGUGAUCUCCAUACAUGAUGACCUGCUUAAAUUCAACACAGCCUAGUGGUUCAUUAGCUAAUACAGAGCAGUAGUGGCUUGUCUUUGUAGGUUUGAAUUUCUUUGCAUAAACCUUUAUGUUGUCCUUUAUUUUUUUAGGGAAGGGGUGUUUCUAACUACAAGUCUAUUAUUGCGAAGAUCAAGAUACCAAAUGUAAGCAAAAGGCAACUGUGUACAAUGAUUCUUUUGUAGCAUGUAUUGUGUUCCUGACGACAUGGCUGCACUACACCCUGUGUUGUGAUUUAAUCUAAUAAAAGGAACUCUCUGG